UGAGACGUUCACUUUAAAUUUCCGCAUUUUGAGCAAGAACUAGCACAAACAGUAAAGUCUUUUGCACCCUGUCGCAAUUGCAUUAAAAAAUAUCCGAGUGAUAAUGUCAAGGUUUCUUCUCAGAGCAAACCUAAGGAGAUGUAUCGCCUCUCAGAUGAGAAUGGCAUCUGAUCAGCUUGGCGAGUUGGGCAAGGGAGCAGGCAAAGGUGGAGGUGGAGGAGGCUCUGUGAGGGCGGCGGGGGGUGCAUUUGGAAAGCGAGAAGUAGCAGAGGAGGAGCAGUACUUCAGGCAGAAGGAGAAGGAGCAGAUGGAAGCGCUGAGGAAGCAUCACACAGAGGAGAUUGAGCACCACAAAAAGGAGAUUGAGCGCCUACAGAAGGAGAUCGACCGUCACAAGGGCAAGAUCAGAAAGUUGAAACAUGAUGACUGAAGGUGGGAAGCCUGUUAUCUCUCCUCCUGACAGUCCGACCAUAUUUGCCAUGUCAAUGAUUAUGAGAUACUGAUUGAUUUACUGCUGGUUAAGGCAGGUCCUGUAUAAGACUUUGUACUGCCAUCAUGAAUACAAAUAUAUAACAAUAAAGUGCUCAAUUUUUGAAUAUGA